AUGGCAGCUGGCCUGAGCGAUGAGGAAAUCGUCGAAAGUGCCUUUGCAACAACCACUACGGUAUUUUCUACGGAAUUUGGGAAUGCACUGGAUUCAUUUCAAGAUGCUAUCAAAUGUUUAUCAGAGUUUGCAUGCAACGCAAACUUCCCAGAUAUUUCGAUGGAAGCAAUACGAUUGAUACGGCUCUGCGCAACUUAUGUUUCGGAGAAUCAACGGCAAUUCGUCGAGCAUCAGUGGGAAGAUGGUGCAAAUUUACAGGAUGCACAACGGAUUUUCUUGCGUGGCUGGUUCCCGAUAAUGUUUGAAUUAUCCUGUAUCAUUGGGCGAUGUAAAUUGGAUGUCAGGACAAGGUUUGUUUGCAUUUCCCACAGUAGCAGUUCGAGUGGUCCUGGUACCCUUAUUUUUGCUGCCUGGCCAAUUAUUGAUGGCAGCCUUUUGGCUCAUUUUUAUGCAUUUUUUGCAGCUAUGCAAUACAGAAAACGCAUAUUGAUGAGAGGUUGUCUGUGUGUUCGUCUGUACCGAUUUUUCAUCUCGAGACCGACAAAAGAUGCAGGGCUGAAACUUGGGGACAUAAUCUACAUAAACGUACGAGCCCCCAUCCCCAAAAUUGGCGCCAAAACCUCGCCAAAACCCGUCAAACCAGCUGGCAGCAACAGCAGCUGGCAGCAACAACAGCAGCUGGUAGCAGUAACGGCUGGCAGCAGCAGCAGCUGA